GCGUGGAGUCCAGCCGUCGUCAGUAGAAAAGCUCAGACAGCCAUGGCCGUGCGCACCGUUGGUGGGAUGGACGACGUGGUGGCAUCGAGCAGCCAGCUCGUCUGGAGCCUGGCGCAUCGGACCCUGAGGAGGUGGUACAGCGCUGGGCUGAUGCCGUGCAGACGCUUGCUAGAAGCCUGGUUCAGGAUUGGAAAGUGCUACCAGAUGACCGAGGGCCGUCUGUGUCAGGUUCACCUCCUCGAUGGCAGGAAGCUGGAGCUGCUGGUUCAGCCGAAGCUGUUGUCCCGCGAGCUGUUAGAUCUGGUGGCCUCACAUUUUAACCUGAAGGAGAAAGAAUACUUUGGUUUGAGCUUCAUAGAUGACACUGGCCAGAGUAACUGGCUCCAGCUGGAUCGUAAAGUCCUAGAUCAUGACUUCUCCAAGCCUUCAGGGCCUGCGGAACUCAAGUUCCUGGUGAGGUUUUAUAUUGAAAGAAUCACCUUCUUGAAAGAAAACACAACAGUGGAGCUGUUCUUCCUGAACGCUAAAUCGUUAGUGUUCAAUGAGACCAUCGAAGUGGAAAGUGAAAAUGUUUUCAAGUUAGCCGCAUUCGCAUUGCAGGAGGCCAAAGGAGAAUAUACCAGUGCGGACAAGGCCAGAUCAGACCUCAAGCAGCUCCCACUUCUGCCCACCAAAGUCUUGAGGGAGCACCCGUCUCUCAAUUUCUGUGAGGACAAAGUGAUUGAACACUACACAAAGUUGAAGGGACUGACCAGAGGACAAGCCAUUGUGCAGUAUUUGGCCCUCGUGGAGUCCCUGCCGACGUACGGAGUCCAUUAUUACCCAGUGAAGGAUAAGCAAGGACUGCCAUGGUGGCUGGGAGUCAGCUACAAGGGCAUCGGUCAGUACGAUUUGCAGGAUAAACUGAAGCCAAGAAAGCUGUACCAGUGGAAGCAGUUGGAGAAUUUGUAUUUCCGAGAGAAGAAAUUUGCUGUUGAAGUGAACGACCCGCACAGGAGAACUGUGACCAGGCGAACAUUCGGACAGACCGGUCUGGUUAUUCACACAUGGUAUGCCAGCCACUCUCUGAUUAAAACCAUCUGGGUGAUGGCUAUCAGUCAGCACCAGUUCUACCUCGAUAGGAAGACAAGCAAAUCAAACGUGUCCACAACCAGGAGUUCAGGAGACAUCGCCAUGGACCUCACAGAGAUCAGCGCCCCGCGGAUCAUCAAGCUUUCCACUAUUGAGAGCAGAGACAGGCUCAUCAUGGCCAGCAACGGCAGCCUCAUCUCAGCCGGUUCGGCUGACUCUGAAGUCAGCGACGAGCAGAAGAAGGAGAAGGUUGCAGAGUUGAAAAAGAAAGGGAAACACCUUCAAGACACACUGGCGCAGAAAAUUGAAGAGCUGAAGAAGAUCUGCAUGAGAGAAGCCGAGCUCACGGGCAGGUUGCCGGAUGACUAUCCGUUGGCCACAGGGGAGAAGGCACCUCACGUACGACGGCGUGUCGGGACAGCCUUCAGGCUGGAUGACCUUUUCCCCUAUGACGAGGACCCACAUCUGAGGAAUCUGGAGGGCAUGUUCGCCUUGCAGCAGAAGAUCGUGGAAGCGGCCUUAAAGUUAUCCAACGAGGACGACCUCUGUAAGACGGUGAAGAAAAAGAGGAGAAACAACUGUCUGGAUGCGAUGAGGAAGCUAGAGAGUAUUGAGAAUGAGAUCAACGCCUACAGGAUCAAGAAAGGAAAGGGACCCACCCAGAGAGCCUCACUGAUCUUAGCAGACGAUGUGAACCCUUCAGACCUCAGCUCUCUAUCCGACAGCCUCAAUCUGGAUGAUGAUGAUGAGCUCAUUUCCCAGAGGCAGCGGUCCAGAUCGGUUCAGUAUUCCCCGCGGCCUCACCAUGCUGAUACUCUGGACAUCCACUACAACAACGACCGGCAGGGCUCUGCCAACGACCAGCAUACAGACCGCAGGUUAAAUUACGGCCAACUUCAGGAACCACUCCACUACGGUCUCUGCAAUGCCCCAUCGAGCCACAGCAGCCCGCUCAAACCGGCUUCCAGACAGCCACGUGACGCCCGCAGCAUGCCCCCCACGCCCCUCCUCACCCGCAACGCCUACAGCAGCAACCACCUCAGAUUAGAGGAUGCUCCGCAACAUUACCGCCAGCUCAGCAGCAGUCUGGAGUCCCAGUCUCAGCUCCCCAUAGAGACCGAGCCCCCCGUGCCAACGUUCACCGUGGCCCCGGCCCGACGCAGCAACUGCACCGAGGUCCUCGACGACUGCUCCUCCCACACAAGCCAGUCCAGCAUCGAGCACAGCGUCGCCGGCAACCACGCGCUCCGCCGCAUGGCUCGCGGACGCCACAGGAAAGACCUGUACGCCAACACGGGCAGCAUGCCCAACCUGGCUCAGCCGGACACUCGUUGCCACGCCCACCAGCCGCAGGCCAGACCCACCACGACGGCCUACUACGUGACGGGAUACCCCACUUACACGGAGCCGGAGCCGUACUCCGACCGAGUCUACAUGUACCACAAUGACAGGGAAGGACACUACAGCGUCCAUCCCUCGUACCAGCACGCGCCGACUACGUACCGCGGCCACGACGUGCACGGCCACUACGGCGCCGACGAGUUGGACGGCAUGUCCCACAACCUGUACGCCACGCUGAGGCCACCCAGGAGCCGCCCGCCGCCCCAGGCCAACGAGCAGGUCGCCAAGAACCAGAAGGCUGCGGUGGCCGAGCACUUGAGAGGCUGGUACCAUCGCAACGCCGCUCACAAGCAGCCCGCGUACACCUACGACUACGACAGGGGCUCCCAGCAGAGCCUGGGCUAUCAGACCAUGGCCGCACCGCACAGCCGGAACAUCUCCUACUCGGUGUCCUCCGGUACGUCCAGUGUGAACUGGCGAGGCACCAUGAGUGUUGGUGGCGGUAUGUCGGAAUACAACAUGCCUGUGCACGCGCCGCAGUCCUUCGCCUACAGCACAACCCCCUACACCCACUCCGCCCACAACAGAUGUCCCACAGAGUUUGAGUGGCGGAGCCGUGAUAAGAUGGCGCGCCCCGCGCAGCCUUUAGAGAGGUGUGGGGCUGUUGCCUAUGCUACUGACCAGGAAAAAUUAACCCCGCUCCCCCCAAUUAACAGUCGCAGCGCAGAAGAAAGGGUGAGAGAUGAGAAUGUAAAACUCUACCACACGGUUAACAUGGUGAUGGUGUGUCUUAAAAAAACAAACAUGUGUGUCAGGGACUAACAGAAAGCUCCAAAUCAGCUCCCAUUGAUCCGGCUGAUCCGUGCUUCAUUACUCUGGGUGUCUUGCGGUGGUGGGAGAGGAAAAAAUGUGACCCCCGGCUAUCUUCACAUUUGAAGGCUAUACGUUUGUUGUGAUGUCAGUGUGCAUCUGCUUUGUCAUUGGAUGAGAAUGUGUGACCCUUGAUGUACCUUAUUGUGAAACUGAGACUGAUAUUAAGGUGCCUGAAACACAUGAGGUAACUAAGCACCUGUCUGUCUGCUUUCGUUUGGUUUCCUGAGCUCGGCACUACUAAGCUGAUGUGACAUAGUUAAUUCAUGCUAAACCCCCGGUUAACCAGUCACACGCGGCCUUCCCUCUGGUCUCACCUGAUUUUAUCUGGUGUGCUUUUUACAGAUCCUACAUAGACGUUGGCCACAUGGACUCGCACAUCAGCCACCAAAUGCACACUGACCUGGAGCCCGAGGAGCAGAUCUGCUGGCACGAGGACUCAAAACCAGGAACAAUAGUGUAGCUGCCUGUUAACAGGCUGUAUUUGUUCUUCACCGUUGUGCCUUCUACUGCACUUACACAAGAGGAUCCACAGAAAGAAGGACCUUCAGGCCUCUCGUUUUAGAUUCCCUUGAAUGCAAACCGACCCUCCACCGUGUGACCCUCCACCGUGUGACCCUCCACCGUGUGACCCUAACAGGACGCAGCGUGGGAGCGUCCUCGUUGCCCAGUGUUUGUGGUGAUGGCCCACUGGAACUAGACCAGGACCUGCUGUGGAGCGCGUGGCAUAAGGCUGAGGGGGCUUUGGACCGAAGGUCUUCAGGGUUUCACAAACCAGGCAUCGUGAGCCACACGCUUGUAUGAACACUGUAACCAUGAAGGAUUGGGCAAGCUUUGGUAAGGACAUUAUCAAACAAUGAAGAAUUAAAGUCCGGAUGACGGCUACUUCCUGGAACGUCCCGCCGAUGCAGUUUUAUCAUGGCAGAGCUAGUAACUACAUCAGUGUACUCUAGUACUCGGCUUUUACAAAGUAUUCAGUACUUAAUUCAAUACAAUUGAGCCAGAAGCUUGAGUGUUACCUAAAGUCACAAACUUUGAUGUCACUGCCACGUCUGAUCGGUCACUGCAGGAAGAAUAUUUUAUUGUAACAUGGUUAUUUUGUCCAUGCUGGAAAUCAUGGAGUGGUGCUCAGUUUCAGUUUGUAAAUGUUGGUAUUGUAAAUACACUAGUUCUGUCUUUUUUAAAGCGAUUUUAUGUAUUUGAAAAGCAUGUAAUAUAUAUAGUAAGCAACUGAUGUUAAGCUGGGUCUUAGUAAUUGUACAAUUUAGAUUUGUUUGAAUAAAAAAAUAAAUCAGCUUUUGAAUCAUA